AAAACAUAGAAAAACAUCGCACCAUAAAAAAUAUAUUAUUUUCAUUUUCUUUCGAUCGAUUUUAGGCUAUUAAAUUAACUAUUUAAGAAUUAAAAUGUUAAGACAUUUAAAUAGAUUAACAUCCAUCGCAAGUGCAAGGAAUUAUGCAAUAACAAAGAAUCUGUUUGCAUCAGCCAGUGUAUUAGCAGAAAAUAAAGAUCCAGUGAAUGUUAUUGAAAAAUCGCAGGAUUUGAAGAAACACCGAAAAAGUCAAACAGUUGCUGCCGUAUUUGCAUCCUUAACAGACACUGAACAGCCACAAACAGAAGCAAAAGAUGGCAAAAUUGAUGUUGAUGAAAUAAUUUUGAACGCAAAGACAGUCAAUGGACUGCUGAACAUUGCUGAACAAAAUAAGGAUCUAACAAGGAAGCAUGCCUUAAAGAUUGUUUCAAUUCUGGCUGAAUGGACAUCAAUUGAGCGCGCGAAGCUCGCCGAGUUCGAGAAUGAUACACGAUUUACAAAGUUGUGCCGAAUGUUAGGACGUGCUGUCAAAAAUAACAACAAUAACACUGGCAAUAUUAAUAAGAGAUUAGAAAACUUCAGAAAUGCUGAUCUCGAUACAGUUCUUGGCGUUACAGGAGAUGAUGAAGCAGCAAAGUUAGUAGCAAGCAUCACAGUCGAACAAAUGGUAAAAGUCUUGAAAAAUUUAAGCGUAAAAAAGAGACGCAGCACACCAUUAUUACGUUCACUAGCUUUUAAUAUGAGUGGAAAAGAGGAACAUCUCAAUAUCAAGCAAUGUUCAGACGUAUUGUAUGCAAUUGCUAGUCUUAACUUUCCUGAACCAGUUUUAAUAUCGAAACUAUGUGAUGAUAUUCAACUGGAUUUAAAGAAAAGCGAAAUUAAGAAGUCAUCAACGAUUGGAUCGAUGCUAACAAGCUUAGCAUUUUUAAAAUAUCGGGAACCAGUCGUCCUAGAUUGUUUGUCGGAAUGGAUUGUCAAGAAUCAAAGUAUUUGUAGAACACAAGAUAUUGCUGCUUUGUGCAUGACAUUAGCAACACUUAAUUAUAUGCCUAUUGAUUUAGAAGACGUUAUCAAGACAAAACUAGCUCCAUCUCUUACUCCUUUAGAUUUUAAAAACUCUUCUGAUUAUCUAAGCUAUGUGUGGAGUUUAAUGUCAUUGAAUAUUCCCAUCGAUGCGACUUUUAAUAACGUUUUAGACAACAGUUUUAUUGAGAAAUUAUCAAGCGAUUACAAGAAUGAAAUUCCAAUUCCUGCAAAGAUAAAAUUACUCAACAUUAAUGGUGGUGUAAAAUUAUUUAUGCCUUCAUAUAAAGGUGCUAUGCUGACGAGAGAGAAGCAUCAAAGCAUAUAUAGUGUACCGUUACUUCUCAAUAAUGAUAAGCAACUUCUCAUAAAGGCAAUGACAGAUGCCUUGAAGAACAUAAUUCCUGAAGCAUGCUUAAGAAUUCACCAGGACACAAAUAUGGGAUUUUCUGCUGAUGCUGAGUUUUACAUUGAUUCAAGCGCGAAUCCAAUUCCGAAAGAAACUAAUGACAGUAAAAGAAUUGCAUUAAUGGUGCACGACUAUCAUGACUUCUGUCAAGGACCUCAUCAACAUCUAUCAGGAAUUGCAGCACUUAAUAGUCGACUACUAUCAAAAGCUGGAUACGAAGUACUUAGUGUACCAUAUAAUGAGUUCUCCGUGAAUGAUUUAUUACUUAAAAGAGUAACGUAUCUACAGAAAAUUAUUAAAAAUGCGAGCAAGAAUUAGUUAAGUGAUGAAAAAUAACUACAAUUUAAAUGUGUAUCUAUAAAAAAAUUUAUAAUUUCACCAGAAAAAAUAAAAUUAGAGAUUUUUAAAGUUCGCUAGAUA